GAGGAGUGGGGGUGAAAUUCACGAAACUAAUUCAAGUCAUAUCAUUGUAUCGUUAGCGAUGAAGAUGAUACAGAAAGACCUAUAUUAUAAACACGGUGAUUGAAAGUAAUAAAAGAGGAAAAUAUGGAAUCAACUGAAGGAGCGGUGGUAGUUGUCAAUAUUAUUGAAAUACUUAAACAUUUUAGAGAGAGAGAGACCAGCAUUGGUAGCAUAGUAGUUGUAGAAUCGAAGAAUAUUACACCUUCUCUCCAUCUACGUUUGACAGCUUUGAGAUGAUUGAUUCCAAACGGAACCUAAAAUAUACUUUGCAAAUAUAGAAAGAAAGAGAUGGAAAGGUAUGAUUUUUAAUUAGGAUAUUUAUUUAACAAGACACAACUACAAGAACAGCAACAAGAAAUAAGGACCAAAUCAAAAUCAAUUCCAAUUCUUAGCUUUCUGAAAUUGCAUUGCUUCACACGAAAGAAAAUGGCCGCAGCACCAGAAUCAGCAGCCAUGGAAUCGGACCAGAAAGAUAGUCGCGUCAUAGCUAUUGCCAUUGACGAGAGGGAUGUAGCUGAAAGUGCAUUCCAAUGGUACCUUGAUAACCUACAACGGAAAGAUGACUUUGUGGUACUCAUCCAUAUACUGGAAUACCCUAGUAUUCUCAUGCCAACUGUUUCAGUGUUGCAACAGAUUCUCCAUGAGAUGGAUGAAAAACUUGACACAGUAGAAGAAAGAUGCAAAGAACAUUUGCAAAAACUCCAGAUAAAAGGUAAAUUCCGAACUGGAGCUGGAAAAAGUGGACCACUAAUCGUUGACAUAGCAAAACAGGAACGUGCCACAAUGAUUGUGAUGGGAAGUAAAGGGCGCGGUCAUACACGACGGACCCUCAUGGGAAGUGUCAGUGACUUUGUGGUGCAUCAUUCUCCCAUACCUGUGCUGGUUUAUAGGCCACUAAAUGCAACUGGUAAACAUUGAUGGAAACUAUCAAUCAGGAAUACAUUGCUGGUAAAUAUCAGGCAGGCACACAUGCGAAGCAACACAUUCGACAUGCUGACGAGUUACAAUCUUAUGAUCUCUUCUAUUAACUUCAUUAAUUACAGCAACAACAACAAAAAAGAUAACUAUAACAAUCUGAACUAUUCUACUUAGUCAAAACUGUUGUUCUUUCCUUGUAUAGUUAGAUUCAUAAUUAGUGUUAGUGUAGCUAAUUGUUACUAGCUGUAACAUCAUUGUCAACAAUGUCAAUGUCAAUUUGAAUAUUAAAACACACACACACAUAUACACAUGCAUACAUAUAUAUGUACACAUACAUACAUUUACGUAUUAUAUAUAUAUAUAUAACAUAUAUACAAAUAUGUGCGUGGGUGUGUGUGCAUGGGUGUAUAAAUAUGAAUAUAUUGCAUGUAUAUAUAAUAUGCAUAAUAUAUAAUAUACAAAUCUACAUAUAUAUUCAUAAAUGUAUAUACACAUUUUUUAUACAUAUAUAUAUAUGCAUGUGUGUAUGAAUGUGUGUGUGUGUACAUAUAUAUAUAUAUAUAUAUAUAUAUAUACACACACACACACACACACAGACACACUCAUACAUACACACACUCACACAUGCACACACGCAAACACACACACACAUAUAUAAUUACAUAUUAUGUAUUCAUAUAUGUGUGUGUGAGCUUCAGCUCAUUAAUAUACGCAUACACACACACAUACAUUAAUAUUGAGCAGUGAGAAUGAGUUCUCAACACUGCACUGAUGGAUAAUAGUCUUUAUUUGUGGGUUAACAGGCUACCAUUGGUUUCAAGAUGAGAGAAGAUUUCUCAUUAAUUAUCAAGCUGGUCACAUGGGACAUUGAUACUCAUUUUUAUCUUGGAUGAGAAUACACAAAGCUGAAGAGAUUGUACAGGAUUUUGGGAGACAACUCCUAAUUGUUGUUUCUCUUGCAUUAGCACGUCCAAAUUUAUAAAUGUUGAUAUGAAUACACUUGUAUAUGUAUAUGGACAUCCAUACAGAAUGUGUGUGUAUUCAUAUUUAUAUUUAUAAUUUUGGACAUGGCCAGGGUUAAUGCAUGGGAAGCAACAAUUAAGAAUUGACACCCAUGAUCUGUAUAUUUAUUUGUUUAUCCCCAAAUCCUGUACAGUCUUGUGUAGUUUCAUGUAUUCUCAUCCAAGAUGGAGACAUGUACCAACAUCCCAUGUGGCGAGCAUGAUAAUUGCUGAAAAAUCUCUCAGUAUGAAACCAAUAGUAGCCAUAUUAACACACCCACACACACACAUGCACACGCGCACGCACACACACACACACACACACACACACACACGAGUUCUCACACACAUAUAUGUGGAGAUAUAUAUGUGUGUGUGUGAGUGAGCAAAUAUGUGUAUGUACAUGAGUUUUCACCUGGGGUGGUAAAUGGCUUUGCAAAAAAUAUGAAUAAACCACCACCAGGAACAAAUCAUCCAUGACACAGUUAAAAAACUUAUAGCAAAUUCUAUACUCAACAGAUGUAUUGUGUUUGUUCAAUUAUUGUUAAUAUCGAUAUAUUUAAAACAAU